UUUCCAACAAUGUGCGUUUUCAAGACAUGAUCGCCUCAUAAUGUACUAAUUAUAUAUCAUUGUGCAUUUUUGAAAUUCUACAAGAAAUAGCUCCUGUAUAAAGGUAUAUGAAGUUGGAGCUUGAAGAAGAGCAGGUUUUCCCAGUCAAAAAAAAACAAUUUAUUUUAAAAGCUUCGCAUAUUAUACAGUAAAACCAAAUAAAUACCUAUUAAUUAUAUUUGAUUUGUUUUAAUAAAUAUUAAAAAUAUUUGCAUUCUAAUAAAAUUAUACUGUAAUAAUUCUGUUAUCGUAUAGGUACACUGUACAAUUUUUACGAACCACUGAAUAUUUCACGUGAUAAUUACAACGUUCAUUUGGUUGUGUCCUACUGUAAAAAGAAUACUACGCGAUACACUGCACGCAUUAUUAUUAAUUCGUGUUUGUGCCGUCGUUACAAAGAGACAAAAACCAAUUUUAAAUAUUAGUCGUUAAAAACGCUGGUCGAUAGACUCAUCGCAAAUCGAACCAGUUUUGAUCUCUGCAGUGCUUGUGGAUGUCGGUUAGUGGUUAACUAGUAGUUUGUUCGUAAUAAUGUAAGUACAAUAUAAUUUAUUAUUUGUGGCGAAAAAACACGUUUAGAAAUUAUAAAAACACACGCCAUUAUAAUAAUAAACACCGUAGACUGCAACAUAUAACACCGCACGUGCACUAAAUAAACAUACGAUAUUGUUUAGUUGACGAAUUAUAAACACAUAACAUUUGGUAAAGCUGAUAUAUUUGGGAGCAUGUUUACCUCGUCGAAAAGCUGCAGGGUUACAGAUGAUAUAUUAUGUUUUGUUAAAAAAUAAAAUAUAUAACGACAAAAGUUUGCUAACAAAUAUUUAGGCGAAAAAAAUAUUAUAAUAUAUUCUAGUUUGGUCAUUUUUUUCACAUUUAUAAUUCUUUUUAUGUGAUUUAAAAACAAUUUAAUCGAGCGUGUUCCGCUUAUAUAUUACUUAUAUAUAUACCACUAUAUAUAACUUACAUAUUUUUUAUUACAGUUAUUAAAUAUUACAAAUUCGAAAGGUGUAAUAUAUACCGUAAUCAUAUUGCUUAUACGCAUUUGUCGAUAUAUGUGAUUAUUAUUUCUCUGGUUCUAUACAAGUAUGUUCAACGGUAAAAAAAAGAGCAAAUCCCAUUGAAUAACGCACAUCGUCAACAAUUUAAAAAAGAACUAUUAUUAGUACCAGCUACUAUCUAUUAAUAAUAAAAUGGUAGUAUUUAAAAUUUGCUUCAUGAUUUUGAAAUGCGUAAUAAUAAUGUUCUGUAGGAUUUUUCAUUUAAUAAUGGGUGUCGGUAAACGCGAAUUUUCAAAAUAUAUUGAACAUAUUUAAAAAUCGAAUUUCAAUCAUGUAUAAAACUUAAUCACAUGAAGUAUUAUUGUACUAAUAAGCUUAACAUUAUACUAUUCAAGACGUCAUUUCCUGCUUGAAAACAUUUUGUACUUUCGGUAAUAUAUAUAUAGCUAAUACGGGGUCCCUGACCUUUCUUUUUGUUAUCCCACGCAAACAGCGCCAAACCGGUAUUCAAGGUAGACUGUAAUAAGUACGUAAGUACACACACGACUCGUACGUAUUCCUAACAUUUUUUUUUUUUUUUUCAUUUUUUAUACGUGUAUAUAAUAAUAUUAUAUAGCAAACAUUCGCGUAAAAAUCGCGGGUCACCACCACAACGAUUCAGUAGGUACUCCUCUACUCCUCUUCCCCUCGAACCCCUUCCUACCAUCACGCCCCCCCCUCAUCGAAUGGUCAACACAAACGUUUUGAUAAAACAUAAAACAUAGGUGGUAUAGCCGCUGUCCGCAGUGCAGGUAUAACAACAAACAUCCAGUAUUUCAAUGCCUUGAUUUUACUGUAAACUAUUAUUAGCGGAAAGAAAAACUAACCGGACCGAACACGUUGUGUAGGUACGCUAUACUAUUAUAAUACACCAUCAGUUAGCGAACACAACACGAACAGAGUAUACCUACGCGUCGCACGAUGACCAGGUGAGUGGUACAUACUUGUAUUUUAUUAUAGUGAAUUAAUUUUUACUGGGCCGCAAUAAUUAUAAUAUACACAAUUUUUUUUAUUAUAUAUAAUAUUAUGCUUUAACUAUAUAAUAUAAUAAUAACGUAGUUCGAUUAAAAUAUUAUUAUUAUCCUUUAUACACUUUCGUCGCGACUACGUUAAUAACCGAUGAGUUUUUUUUUUUUUUUUCAUCGCUUCGGUUAUUUCUCUAUCUUCAAUAUAACUGCAGAAGAACAGUGUUGUUGUACACCGUACUUUUAAUUUAAUAUUAAUACAUCGCGUAAGUAUACUUAUCUGUGUUGCGGUAAUGUUCUCUGACAACAAAAAAUAUAUUUUCUUAAAUAUCAUCGAAAAUAGAAAUCGUUAUUGGAAAGUAACAGUUUUUUUUUUUUCGAUGAACGGUUCACCACCACCGUGGUUCGGUCAUGGCAAAAUUUAAUAUAAUAUUAUAUGACAUCAACUACUAUAUUAUGGUAGGCGGAUAAACAAUAAUAUUAUACCGCGAUAACAUUGUAUAUUGUACACGAUAUCACUCUCGGAAAAAAAUAGUUCCAUUAGACAUAUUCUUUAGUCGGGCAUUUUCAAAUUCCGCGAUAGGCAUGUCGGCUUACGCGUACCUUUUUUUUAAUACUAUAUAAAUUGUUUUAACACCGCGUAUACAUAAUUUAGCUUUAAAAUUCGAUGUAAAAAUGUAUAUGUUCAGCGUAUUAUUUUGCUAGUGAUUCGUGCGAGUCAUUCUAUUAUGGUGAAUGCCUAAAUCUACCUAACCCAUUUGAUUUUUAAUUUUAUUCGUCAAAAUAUUUACAAAGAUUUUUACCAUAAAAAUGACUUUUCGGUAUCGAUCAGUAAUAAUGGCAAUCGGUUUAUAGAUUAUAAUUGCACAGGACAUUGUUAAAUCUUGCGCAUCCUGUAUAUAUCGUGUAAUAAUAAUAUAGUGUGAAUAACAAUAUAUAUAUAUAUAUAUAUAUAUAUAUAUAAUUUUAUAUAGUUCCGCGGUAAAUGACGGACUGUUGUUUACGUUAUACGUUUACAUUAUAAUGUUAUUACGAGGAGUAUGACACGAGAUUAAACUCUUAAAUAAUAAUAAUCCGGGCGUUAAGACGCGCGAGCGAUAUUUUGUAUCAUACAAUAAUAAUAAUACAAUGAUAAUCCUCGAAUCGAUAAUACUGUUAUUAUUUUUUUUUCCGCACACCAGGACGUUAAACUGCACUUACAUCAACAGACCAAUAGGUCCGCUGGCCGAUGACGUAGCGAACGCGAGACGCCUGCUGGGCAUGACCGACGAGUCGAUACGCCGGGAUGUCCGCGAGCUUAGACAGUGGCUCAACGAUGAGCCCGAUUUGCCUAACACGUUUGAAGGAGGUGAGAGAAUAAAAGGCCGCCGCACGACCUCUAGCGAUACAAUAUCAUAAUAAUUAAAUCAGCCAAGGGCGUUUUGCCGAGUAAUUAGAUGUACAUUACCACGGUCGUUGUUCCAAAGUUGUAUAAUAUUAUAUUUGUGAUCGUAUCAGAUUUACUUCUACCCGGCGAAUAUUAUUUAUAAUUGCUUAUUAUUACUCGAAAAUAAUAAUAACUAAUUAGUAAUUAUCAAUUAUUUAAUUAUUUUUAAAAACCAACGGUAUCCUUCAUUAUGAUUAUUUAUAUGUAUAAUACGAGUACGCGUUUUAUUAAACAAAUAUAUACAAAUUAGUUAUUAUGACACAAUAUAUUUAUCUAAAUUCAUUAAUAUAUUUUUUUUACCCAUAUUUUUAUGCAAAAAAUAUUAUCAAAUAUUAUCACGCAAUUUAAUUUUCAUUUUUAAUACGGAUCGGUUUUUAUUGCGUGACACUAACUUGUAUAAAUAUACAGGUUAUCUGAUUAUACAUAAUAUAUAUUUUUUUUUUCAAGUGGACACGGAUUGGUGGUUGGAGAAUUACUUGACAAUAAACAAGAACCAAGUGGACAGAGCCAAAGCAAAUUUGCGCGUGUACUUUCAAUUGAGAAACCUCAUACCGGAAGUGAUGGGCAACCGAAAUCCGGAAACUGACAGAUAUAUGAUUCAAACAUACAACUCGGUGUAAAUUUUUGAACUAUUCUAAUCAUUACAAUAUGAUAUUUUCCCGUAGGAAAUUCUCUAGCAAAAUACUAAAAUAUUUUCAUUUUCGAUUUUUUUUUUUACAGGCUUAUAAGUUUAGUUCCUACCAUAAUGGACAAAAGCCGAAAACUGGUAAUAUUUAAGCACCGUGCGGACGUACCGGCUUCGAAUUACCACCCCGUGGCUGUAGUUAAACAAUCGAUAUGCAUAGGCGAAAUUUUAUUCGCCGAAGGCUUUGAUCAUACGUCAUGCGUGAUCGUGUUCGACUUGGGAACGUUUCGAUUGAAUCAUUUGGUCAGAUAUCCCAUAGGACUGUUACGCCGAUUUUUUUUUUACGUCUGGGUUAGUUUUCGCGGGUCUAGAAACAAUGGAAAUUUGUCACAUUUAUUUUUUUUUAUUUUUGUACAUUGGUCUAACUAUAUACGAUUCAGUAAAACAAACGAAUUUUUCUUAACAAAUUUUCCAAAAAGAUCAUAUUUUUUCAAUUGUUUGACUUUGAACUCAUAAAAUCGUAUCGAUUGUUAAAAACGAAUUUCAAAUAUUUUGUUUUUUUCGUGUGCUAACUAAGAGGGGCCUAGUUAGGGUACACAAAUUAUUGUUAUCGCUUUAUCGGUCAGCAUUCAGGGUAUGAUGAGACGGAUUAUACUUCAGCAAAGCCGCUGCUGUUAUCAGUUUAUCAUAUAAAAUAAAUUCUAAAAAUCGUGUGAAUUAAUCGACUUUAUCGAAAUAAUAAAUUAAUUCAAGUAUCUGUGAAAAAAAAAAAAUAACUACUAUUUGAAUUGCUUUUAAUCAUUUUGAGUUAAAUUUCACAACUAAAAAAAUUGAACGCAGUUUUAUUAUUUUUACCUGCAGGACAAAUCCAUUCCCAAAUUAUGUUCAUUGUUUACCCCUGAUAUUUCACAAUACAUUUAUAAUGCUUUAUAAUAACAUUAUAUGAAUUUUACCAAUGUAUAAUACGUUACUUACCUAUAAUAUUAAAAAGGAAUAACAAAAGUUGGGAUGUUCUAUUUUUUUUACAGAAAGCUUAUCCAGAACGUGUGGCCCAAAUACACAUAAUAAAUCCACCGAAUAUUUUGAGCGCAGUAAUGGCGUUAUUCAAACCGUUUCUAAAGUCAAAGAUCCGAAAGAGGGUAAAUAAUAAAUAUUAUUAUGAGUACAUUCAUCCAUAGCAACAACGUCUGCGAUAAUUAUUACGACUAAAAAUGUUAUUUUAUUAUAAAAUAUUGAACUUUUACUGUAGAUAAUUGUACAUCAAAAUUUCGAAAGUCUUUUGGAACACGUUCCGUUGAAAUAUUUGCCUAAAGAUUACGGAGGGGAAUCGCUGUCGUUGAUCGAGCUUCACGGUGAGAUAUAUUUUUUUAUUAUUAUUAUUACAGUAUAAUAACUAUUUAUGUACCUAUAUAUCAAUAAUAAUUACUAAAGUUAAACAUAAUAUAUUGCAGAACAAUGGCGUCAAAAAGUCAUCGAUUAUCAACCGUAUUUAAACAUUUGCCUGGACAGACAGAGAAACGUAGGACAGAAUAAAAACACAUCGGACUCAUCGGGAAGUAAUAAUUAAUAAGUGUCAUAAAAAACUGAACGACAUUGCCCGACUAACGUCAUAUUACUAUAAAUAUUAUUAUUAUUUAAAUAUAUAUGUAUAUACUUAUACAAGUUUUUUUUUUUCGUAAAAUAUAUAUACUUUUUUUUUUUAUUGGUACAAGAUAUUAUAAUAUAAAAGUAUACAUUUGAAUUUCAAAAUAUACUUAGAAAUUAAAACAAUAUAUUGUGCAUAUUAUAAAAUUAUAAUAAAGCCGCGGUUUAAAAGUAUUUAAUUAAAAAAAGAAAUUGCAUUUCAAUAUUGUAUUAUACAUUUUAUGUGUACAUUUUUUUUUUAAUAAAUAAUAUGGCAAACAGGAAAUUACCACUGAGAAAUAUCAUAGGAUACACAUUAUUAAUAUCUUAAAUUGGUCGACCGAUAAUUAAAAAAUGAUAUAUACACGUGAAAAAUAAUAUGUUAAGCAAUCUUAUAUUAUUGUAUGGCGUAUAGCUAAACAACAUAAUUUAAAGUUAAAGUCAACUGUAAGUACCUACUGAUUAUUUAAGUACCUACCUAAACAAAC